AUGCGUUUCGAAGUCAUUCUCUCGAUCGGCUUCGCCGCUCUUGCCCUGGCCGCACCAGCGGCUCAACACGGUGAGCAUGGCCAAGGAUCCGUCACUAGAACCGUGAUCCUUCCUACCCCUACUCCCCCGAAGCCCACGCCUACGCCACCGACAUACACGCCCAAGCCGCCGAAGCCUACUACUAAGCCCCCGUCGGUUACCCCCAAGCCGCCGAAGCCGACUCCUAAGCCCCCGUCGGUCACCCCUAAGCCGCCGGAGCAUACUACUCCUAAGCCGCCAACAUACACCCCGAAGCCCCCGAAGCCUACCCCUAAGCCCACCCCCAAGCCUAGCACUACCAAGUACACCCCGAAGCCAACCCCCAAGCCGUCUCACCACUAG